CGGCGGCGGCGGCUGCUGGAACAGGUGAGCUGCCGGUACCAGGUCUUUUGCCUGCCCUUCUCCGCGUGCCCUUUCCAGAGACACCCUUCCCAGCUCUUUGCAGUUCAGAAGCUCCCCUUGGUUUGGGGUUUUGCAAUUGGCGGCAGGGUGCUUCUCUACCCCCCCACCCACACCUCCUUCUUCUUUUAGGUUGCUCCACCCCGCCCCGGAUCAGGCGAGGGGGGAACUAGCCGGAGCGAUUUGCUGGCGCUUGCCAACUCGUGCGUGCGGAGUGUGUCUCUGAACUCGGGGAGUGAAGUCCUGCGGCGGCGGCGGCGGCGGCGGCAGCAGCAACAGCAGCAGCGGUCGCUGCCUCUCUCCUGAGUCUCGGCCUUCUAGUUCCCGCAAGACCCCUUGGCCUGCCCCCACCCCCUUCCCUCCAGUAUACCCACCCUUCCCCACUUUUUUUUUUCCCUUUUGCAAUCACAUGGUAUUUUAAGAAUGCUGGAAAGAUGGCGGUAGCAGCAGCAGCAGUAGCUUCGGCAGCGCCGACUGGGGGAGGCGGCUGCCGGGGGCAGCGGAGCGGGCUGCUGGAAGUUUUGGUGCGGGACCGUUGGUACAAAGUUCUGGUGAACUUGAACGAGGACGCCCUGGUCCUGAGCAGCGAGGAGGGCGCCGGAGCUUACAACGGCGUCGGGGGCGGCGGCGGCGGAACCGCCAAUGGCUCUUUCUGCCGAAGCACAGGCGGUGGGGCUGGUGGCCACUGCCCCGGGGGUCCCGGGGUCGGUGGCGGGGCUGGAAGCGGGAACCAGUCCCUGGACACCCCUGUACCCUCUGGAGGGGGCAGCCCCCAAGUGGGCGUCCGCACUGCCUUCACUGACCUGCCAGACCAAGUGCCCGAAUCUAUCGCCAACCAGAAGAGGGGCGUGAAGGUGCUGAAACAGGAGCUCGGGGGACUGGGCAUUAGCAUCAAAGGGGGUAAAGAAAACAAAAUGCCCAUCCUCAUCAGCAAGAUUUUCAAGGGGCUAGCAGCAGAUCAGACCCAGGCCCUCUACGUAGGGGACGCGAUCCUGUCAGUGAAUGGAGCCGACCUGAGGGACGCCACCCACGACGAAGCGGUUCAAGCGCUCAAACGAGCGGGUAAAGAGGUGUUGUUGGAAGUGAAGUACAUGCGAGAAGCAACUCCCUACGUGAAAAAGGGUUCUCCAGUAUCAGAGAUUGGGUGGGAGACUCCCCCACCCGAAUCCCCGAGAUUAGGAAGCACCAACUCAGAUCCACUCUCACCACUCCCCCUCUCAUUUCACCGAGACAAAAAAUGCAUCCCGCUCAAAAUGUGCUACGUGACUCGAAACAUGGCUCUGAAUGACCCCGAAGACAGACAUCUUGAAAUCCAUUCACCUGACGCUAAGCACACUGUCAUCCUGCGGAGCAAAGAUUCAGCCACAGCCCAGGCAUGGUUCAAUGCCAUCCAUGCCAAUGCUAGCGAUCUGCUUACAAAGGUCAUCGCAGAGGUCAAAGAGCAGCUGGGGAAAAGUGGAAUUCCUGGGAGCCGAGAGAUCAGACAUCUAGGCUGGCUUGCAGAGAAGGUGCCAGGAGAAAAUGAGAAGAACUGGAAGCCAGCCUUGGUUAUGCUGACUGAGAAGGACCUCUUAAUCUAUGACAGCAUGCCACGGAUAAAAGAAGCCUGGUUCAGUCCUGUUCAUACGUACCCUCUGUUAGCUACCAGAUUGGUCCAUUCAGGUCCUGGCAAAGGAUCACUGCAGGCUGGGGUGGAUCUGUCAUUUGCAACUAGGACUGGUACCAGGCAAGGAAUUGAAACCCAUCUCUUCAGAGCUGAGACCAGCAGGGACCUCUCCCAGUGGACAAGAAGCAUCGUUCAGGGCUGCCAUAACUCAGCAGAACUCAUAACUGAAAUCACCACCUCAUGCACAUACAAAAACCAAGAGUGCCGUCUGACCAUACAUUAUGAACAUGGAUUCUCCAUCACCACUGAGCCACAGGAGGGUGCCUUCCCCAAGACAAUUAUUCAGGCUCCUUAUGAAAAGCUCAAAAUGUCUUCAGAUGAUGGGAUCAGGAUGCUUUAUUUAGACUUUGGCGGAAAGGAUGGAGAGAUUCAAUUAGACCUUCACUCCUGUCCCAAACCUAUUGUAUUCAUCAUUCAUUCCUUCUUGUCAGCUAAAAUUACAAGGCUCGGGUUGGUGGCGUGAAUGGAGGAGUAAUGGUUUCCACAAGAAGAAACAGAGCCACCAUGCUUACUGGAAGUAUGAUUCACCAAUCCAUGUUAGGUGCUAGCCAGUCACCAGCAGUGCCCCAAGAGGAGCAGAGGACAUUGGUUAUCAGGUCUAGCCAGUCCCAGUGACUCUCCGAGGCAUUGCUUUCAGUUUAGUCAAACACAAAGAGCUACGUUAAGAAAAAAGCAACAUCUGGAAUUUCAGAACCAGUUUCUUUAGUCAAGGAAAAUGUCCUUAUCAGGGGGCAAUAAACAGGUUGUAAAUACUGAAAAAGGAAGCUUAAAAAAAGUUCAGUGAUUUGAAAUGAUUUAAAAUAUACUGUAAAAUAGAAAUUAGCAUAUUACUGUGUUCACACUUCAGAAUCAUUGUUGUACUUAUUUUCACAUAACUUGUUUAUUGAUAUUGAGCAAAGGCUAAGUAGGUGAAGGAUAGACAUAUAUCAUCCUCCUCCCCCAAAAUAAAUGAUACAGGAUUAGAAGUGGGCUAUUUCCACCUGCUAAAUAAAUUUAAUUUUUUGAGGAAUAAGACAGUUUUUCACAUAGAAUCUGGUCUUUCAUAAGAUUCAUAGAUUUAAGGAUGGGAAUUUACAGAUCAUCUAAUUCAACUCUUCCAGAUGACAAAAUUAAGGCCAAAAAAAGGGAAAAGAAAUUUCCUCAAAAUCAAGCAGUUAGUAAGUAACAGAGUUGGGAAUCCAUAUCCUGCCUCCAAAUCCAACCUCUUUUCACAAUCCUACAAUAUGAUAUGACUACAAUACCUUUUUUUGAUGGAUUAUAUUCCUGAAGUAAGAGAAUGAUUCUGAAGUGUUCUCCGUUAAUGAAUGUUGAGCAAAAAAAAAAAAAAAAUUUUUUUUCAAUAGAAAUGAUUGGUAGAGUUGGAAACUGCAUAGGUUAUUUAGUGCUUGGGGGAAGAUAAUUAAUCCUGGGAUUCCAAUGUGAAUAAUAAAGCCUGUUCUCUAAGAGCAAACCCAAUGAGGAGGAAGCCAGUAGCAGGCAUUGACUAUAAACUUUCUGAGUUGGAAAGCAAGUCACAAGAGCUAUCUUUAACAUGUAAAAGAAAAAGCAGAAACCCUACCAAAUCCUCUAAAUUCUUUGUCUUUGGUUCAGUUUUGUUGAUGUCAGUGUUAAGUAUCAAAUCAAUUAUUCCUUACAUACCAUUAUGACUGGGAAGAGCAGCAUAUGCUGCGGAUUAUCCCCAAACCAAAUUCUAUCAGUACUUUGGGUCCUUUUAGAAUCAUAGAGAUUGUAGCUAAUGGCCUGGUUUUAUUCUGCCAAAUAAUCAGGGAGAUGUUCAAAUCUAACUUUAUUGAAACAAAAUCUCAGAGAUUUUGGUUUAUAUCAACUCGAUUCAACAUUUAAAGCAGAUUCUUCUCCCUGUAGCUUGUGUAGAUGAGCUUAGCUCUGAUUUUCAGAAUCACAGGGUUUGGUUUGUUUUUCUCUUUUUUUUUUUGCAGAUAUCUAUGCAAAGAAUUUAAAAGAGGUAAAUUUGAAAAUUGGCCCACCUGCUCUAAACCUCUCUGCUGCCAGGGAUAUGAAAUGAAAUGAUGUGCAAAGCCUUAUGGGGGUAGGAUUGGGGAGGGAAAAUAGAUUUUUCUUAAGUGUGCUUAUAAAUUCGGAUCUUUAUCUCUAUAAAGCUAAAGAUUGAAAUGCGAGCUUAUGUACUGUAGGAAAGGCUUGACAAUUUUGUAAGUUGCACUGCAUUAUUUCCUUAUACAUCUAAAAAUCACUAGAAUGUUGUUCUACAUGAGAAUUUUACUUGUGCAUUGUAAAUAACUUCUUAGGAAACAUGCUAGUGCCAAGAGCUGAAGUUGCCACAGUACAUAAUCCAAGGUGCUCAGUACUACAUGAAGAAUGAGUAACUUACUCAGAAUUAAUGUGCAACAAUCCUAUUAUAUAUUUAUAGAAAAAUUUAAAUGAUGGUAAUUGCAAAUAUUCUUUCUUCAUCACUUACCAAGUUUUGGACUGAUUCAUAUCUGGGUGGGGUCACAGAAUGAUACUACCUUCUCUGCAUUUAUAAAAGUUUAAUGAAAAUAUUUAUAUUUUAGAAGAAAUAUAUUUGAAUAAAAUUAUUGGAUUUUUCUGAAGCAAACUAAAA